UCAGCUAUAAUCAGCGAAGAGUUAUAACAAUCGUAUGAUAUGUAAUUUUAUCUUUGUGACUAAAUUCACUCUACUCGGAUACUUUAUUUGAAUCCCUGCGAAGUUAGCCAUGCUUUCUUGCAUAAUUUAUGGACGUACGGACGUGAUAGUGGCAUAGGUAAAUAGUGUAGGUAAAGUAUAUUCGACUUCGUGUUUGCUGCAGUCUUCAGUGAGGUGCACUUUGACAAUGUGGGGCCUAUUCUUCUCUCUUCUGAGCUGGGUGGGGCUUAGCCCUGUCCCAUUUGUUGCUGACUUGAUUGGAACAUCAGAACCGGCUCUCAAAUUGCUUCUAUCAAUCUUUAUGGUCUAUCCUCUGGCCAUAGUAUACCAUCAAUAUGUCAAACAACAUAAAGAGUUACGGAAUAUCUACUUCAUUGUGACAGGCAUUGACAUAGCUCUAUACAACUUUGGAAUAUCAAUGUACCAUAAUCUUAUCCCCACGCUUGUUAUAUAUUUAACCACAAUGAUUUUUGGGCCAGGAAAGAUAAAUGUUAUUAUAACAUUUGUGUUCAAUAUAACUUAUCUUAUGGCUGGAUAUAUUUUGACUGAAUCUGAAGAUUAUGACAUUACAUGGACAAUGCCUCACUGUGUGUUGACUCUGAAGCUUAUAGCUUUGUCAUUUGACAUGUGGGACUACCAGAGGAUGAAAGCAGGAGAGCAACUGUCUGCUACAAAUCAAAAGACAGCCAUUGAAAAUCCACCCACAUUAGUAGAGCUGCUUGGAUUUGUGUACUUUCCCUCCUGUUUCCUAGUGGGCCCUCAGUUUUCAUUCCAACGCUACAUUGACUUUGUUUAUGAUAAGUUCCCAUUGGAGCAGCAUGCUGGCCUAUAUGAAAAGGAAUCACUCAAGAGACUUCUGCAAGGCAUACUAUAUUUGGUAGCAUUCCAACUAGGAGUGAGUGUAUUUAGUAUGAAGUACAUGCAAUCAGACGAGUUUUGGGAGCGGUCCAUCUUUUACCGCCACCUAUACUGCGGGCUGUGGGCGCACUUUGCCCUCUACAAGUAUAUAUCCUGCUGGCUGCUCACUGAAGCGUCAUGCAUCCGGUUCGGGUUGUCGUACAACGGGUCGGCGCCGGCGGCGGGCGGCGCGCCGGUGCCGCGCUGGGACGGCUGCAGCAACAUCAAGCUGUUGCGGUUCGAGUUCGCCACCAAGUUCCAGCACUACAUCGACAGCUUCAACUGCAACACCAACCACUUCGCCGCCGAGUACAUCUACAAGCGACUCAAAUUUCUCGGCAACAGAAACGCUAGCCAAUUCUUCACUUUACUCUUCUUAGCGCUCUGGCACGGAACCGGGUCCGGCUAUUACAUGACAUUCUUUAACGAAUUCAUUAUCAUAUUUAUGGAGAAAGGUCUAGAAUCUAUUUUGACCAAACACGAGUUUUAUCAUACCAUGUGGUCCAACAGUAUCGUGCAGUACAUUUUGUACGCCGUGCUGAAGCUAUACACCAUAGUGUUUAUGGGUUGGAGUUUGGUUCCUUUUGACCUCAAAUCAUUCUCCAAGUGGUGGAACAUCUACUCGAGUCUGUAUUUUUCAGGAUUUUUCCUGUUCAUACCGUGGGCGUUCGUUUAUAAGCCACUCAUUAUUGCUGGUAUCAAGCACUUCAAGUUAAAAGUGAAGUCUCAAUGAAAUAAGGGUAUCUAGGUCUAAUAAGUGAUUCAAAAUAAGAUUGAAGUGACAACUAUAAUUGCUGGUUGCUAUGAGUAGAUCCAAUAGUGAGCGAGCGUUUUCGUAGACUCAGAAAAUGUACAAUUCAGACAUUAAUCUUGUAAGUAGAUGAUGCGUUGACUAAUCUAUUCUAAAACUUGCCUAACCUAUCGUCUGUUAUUUCAAGUAUUUAAAAUCAUGUAAACAACACACGAGGUUCGUCAUUCGGUUAAUGAAAUAAUACUAUACAUACAAGACAUCUGUAUAUUGUAUUAUAAUAAUAUGGUGUAUAUUAUUGGCGUAAUGAUUAAUAAAUCAUUAAAAUGCCUAAAAGAACAAACUAUAGUAAACAAGAUUACUUCAAGAAUGUAAAUUCAAUCAACUUAGUAUCUAGUUAUAGAAAUGUGAUAAAAAGGUCUUGUGCUUAUGCGAGUUUCCGAAGUAGAUAGGUAGAUACGUAGUUAAAUUUUAUUAUUAAAUACUUGUACAAGUGUAGGUAACUCUUAGUGUAAUCUAGUACUCUUUCUUUACUGUCUAAUGGCUACCACGUACCUGCCUUGUUUCUAUCACCUCUCUCAUACUUAAUUUACGAAUAAAAGGGUUUUCAAAGUUAAUAUACAUACAUAUAAAUAAACAAAGUAGUAUCUCUAAAAAAUGAAAGUCAAUAGUUUUGAUUUUAUAAUAAUGAUCUAAACUACUAGCUUAAUACCUAUAUAAGGCUGUGAUGUGAAGCAUAAAGCACAAGGUUCAUAAUAUCCACUGCUUCAUAUUUAUAGUUGACCGUACCUUAUUCGUACAGUCGCCAUCAGAUAUAUCGGAGCGCGGCCAAGGUGUUCACAAUAUCCGAGCACGCACUCUAACGCCCUGUCAAUAAAGGCGUGCUCAGAUAUUUGUGAACGCCUUGGCCGCUCCGAUAUAUCUGAUGGCGACUGUACGAUAAAGACGUCACAACUCACAAACUCUAACAUUCUGUGCAACAACCGGCGUUAAAAAUGUACCUACUUGUUGUCUUUCCAUUAACUUUCGCUCUCACUGAUUUAGGUAGGUACAUAAUUCAUUAAUCAAUACCAACUUGCAGAUAACAGUGGUGUAGAUUAUUGACGUCCAGUCAUUUGUUGCCGUUAAAUAACAUAAUUAAGAUAACAGCUUAUGUUGGUUUCAUAUGGCGGACCAUAUUUGAUCUGCUGUAGUAGAAAUUGUCCACGUUAGAAGCUUGUACCAUCGCCCACACUGUUAACCAUAUCGGUGGACCAUAUAUUAUGUCUUUUGUAAUAAGGUCUACUAAUGUACAGUUAGGAGUAUUGCUGUUUGUACUCCUGAGGCAUAAAUUCCUAUAAGGCCCACUUGCACCAUUCUACUAACCCGGGAUUAAGCGGUUAAACCGUUAACCUAGUGCCAAAUUGUACUGGUAACCAUGGUAACGCCAAGUUUAACCGGUUAACUUCGGGUUAGUGGAAUGGUGCAAGUGGGCCUUAUACUCGUAUAAUGUAGAAGACAUUGAUGAUGUUUUAAGGUUAGCGCACACUUGUUAAAUAGACGCCGUAAAGUGUAAUCUUCCACGGGACGUAGUGGCAGCAAACACUUCACAAUAUCUUGUUUUGCAAACGCUGCCGUAACAAACCUCUGUAAAAUGUUGUCUCAUUCUAACAAAUAGAAAUGUCAAGAUGACGGAGAGGGACACACGUUUAUCAACGGUUUGUUAGAUUUGACAUACGUUUAAGAAUAACGGCAUAAUAUAUGUCUAUGUAUGUGAGCAAAUUCAUAUUUAAUAGAAAGAACACAAGUUUUAAAAUAUGCUGCAUUUACACAAGGUAGAGCCAGUUGCACCAACCGCAAUUAGUGGAUCCAUCAACGUCACUCAGCAGCAGUGAUAUAUAAAACUAAAUUAAAUUUAGCAAACGGUUCAACGGUGACUGGCAGUUUUGGUGCAACCGACCCUAAGGGCCACAUGCACCAUUCACUAACCCGGGCUUAACCGGUUAAACCUGGUGUUACCAUGGUUACCAGUAUAAUUUGACACUGGGUCGACGGUUAAACCUCUUAACCCCGGGUUAGUGGGAUGGUGCAAGUGGGCCUAAGUGUGCGUUACAGUGUGUUAAAUUGAAAACUAGAUCAAUAGAGUUAGACCAAGAAGUCUGCAGCGACACACGCAGCAAAGUGUUAUUUUAAACGCCAAAACUUCUAUCAAAUUAUGACGUACUUAUAAACAACACUUGCACUGUGCGUGCUGUCAACAUUUUUGCAGACAUGUUUUGGUCUAACUCUACCUCGGUCGAAAUGCUUUGUCAAUUUGUGAUCCAGUCACAAAAUUAAAAAAAAAAUAAGAAUUUUAAUAACUAAGAAUUUCUUACAGAUAGGUACCAUAAUAAGUACAUUAAUUUAUGAAAUGGCGAACGUUAACGUUGAAUGUAGGUACAAACCGCACCAAUAUCUAGUCCGUUGGACUCUAUAGUACAGUCUGCAGUAAUAGUUGCUGAGCGGGCGAGGUGUAAUUGUUAAGAGAAUAAGAGCGCGUCAAGGUAAUUUUGAACACCUGGCCCGCUUAGCAACUUCUGCUGCUGACUGUAGGCCCGGCCCGCACAGAAAUUGUAUCUAUACUUACUUUGCUAGUAGGAACUCGGCGAUUCGUGCCUAGGUGUGGUUAGAACGGAGCCGAUGAGUGGCGCGAGCCCUAACAACUGAUCGAUGCUGGUUCAUCAAGUAGUUGCGCGGCCAUAGUUAACACCGUAAUAAACUACUUGUUAAUAGGUCUAGUUUAAGGCCAAACGGGGUGAAUAGGGAUAAAAACCGGGAUUGAAACAUAAGUUUUUUUUUUUUUAAUACUAUAGGACAUUUUUUACACAAAUUGACUAAGCCCCACGGUAAGCUCAAGAAGGCUUGCGUUGUGGGUACUCAGACAAUGAUAUAUAUAAUAUAUAAAUACUUAUACAUUUACAUAGAAAACAACCAUGACUCAGGAACAAAUAUCUGUAUCAUCAUACAAAUAAAUGCCCUUACCAGGAUUCGAACCCGGGACCAUCGGCUUCAUAGGCAGGGUCACUACCCACUAGGCCAGACCGGUCGUCAACACAUAAGUACUUGCUAAAUUCCUAAUUUUUUAUAAAUUUGCCCACAAAUUCAUGUAAAUUAUUUUAAAACGCAUGAUACAAUUAAUGUGGUUGUACAGUCGCCAUCAGAUAUAUCGGAGCGGCCAAGGUGUUCACAAUAUCUGAGCACGCGCUCUAACGACCUGACAAUAGAGGCGUGUUCAGAUAUUUGUGAGCACCUUGGCCGCUCCGAUAUAUCUGAUGGCGACUGUACUAGUGCUCGACAUGCUAAUGCCCAAGAAGAAUGCUUAAGAAGUUUCGAAGGAAUUAUCAGGUAAAUCUCAUUUCCAGGUUUUACACCUAUUCACCCCGGUCGACGGUAUUUAAUAAUAUUAACUUAUUGAGCAUAAUAACACAAGUUGAGUUUCAACCACGACAUAGUCUACUCCUAUUUAUUUAUCAUUUAAUCAUUGCAAUCAUAUUUGUAUAUGAUUCAUCACGAGCCGAAUCAGUUACGCACUGUGCUUGUAUUAGUUAAGUUAAUGCUUUAAGUAUGUACAUAUGUUCUAGUAAAAGGAUGGCUCGCUAUGUCUGCGCCAGAGGCGAUGAUCAGUUUAUGUACUUUAUGUGUCUGAUGGUAGUGUGCGCCCGCACACAGACGCACGUAGCUCGCCAUAAGAAGAAGCCCUCAACUCUUUUUUAAGGUAUACUAAAUACAUCAUAGGUAAUUUAAAAUCAUUUAAUAAAUAACACAAACUUAAAGGCAAUCGGCCGCCCGUACUCCUAGCGAGGACCGAUUGACCCUCACCAAAAAGCAUUACGUAAAAAAAUA